UUUCACAUUGUUUUGGUUUUGCAUUGAAGAAUAAAAUAAUUUAUAUUUAAGGGAUUUAUUAUAUUUCCAUUUUUAAACACAUGUCAUUGCCAAGAUGACGAUCUUCAAUCUGUACAUAUUUGAUAAAUUUGGAACUCUAUUGCACUAUGCUGAGUGGAAUCGCACUAAGAAAUCUGGCAUAACAAGAGAAGAGGAGGCCAAACUCACCUACGGAAUGCUGUUUUCUAUUAAAUCCUUUGUAAGUAAGAUAUCUCCUCAUGAUCCCAAGGAGGGCUUCCUCUACUACAAAACAAAUCGCUACGCCCUGCAUUAUUUGGAAACACCAUCCGGAUUAAAAUUUGUUCUUAACACGGACACAGCUGCCAUUAAUGUAAAGGAGCUGCUGCAACAGCUGUACGCCAAAGUGUGGGUGGAGUACGUGGUUAGAGACCCUCUAUGGACACCGGGCACGGUCGUCACCUCGCAACUGUUCCAGGACAAGCUGGACGAAUUUGUUAAACAGUCGCCCAUUUUUGGCAUUCGCAAUAUCUAGCUUUAAAAUUAGAUUCCUAUUACUAAGUCUAUAGAAAAAAAAAGUUAUUCAAAUUCCA